UAGGAAGGAGGAAGCAAAGCGGCGGGAGAGGAGAGAAAAUCUAAUCUAGUGCUGAAGCAACCCCAAAAGGCAAGAGACAGCUCAGAGAGCAUCGUCAUCGUCGUCGUCGUCACAUCACAUGGCAUGGUGCAUGAGAAGCGUGACUUUGGAUUUGAGAAGUACACGUUUUCAAUCCCAGGUGACCUCAGAAUGGCAACUCCAGCGGUGUACGGUGGCGUGCAUUGUGCAAAGCGGUUGAAUGUUUUUGUUCCGUUUCUGCGAUUACAAGAGGCAAACAACUCAGCAGCCAGCAGAAACGAAUGCACGGACAUUUUUGCCAGCAGAAAAAGCUUACGGUGCCCCUUGUUUUCUUCUUGCAACGCCACCACAACUUUGCUUCCCUUUUAUAAAAUUCGCCCUUUUUCUCUCACUCUCUCUGUCUGUCUGUCUUAUGUGUUCUCUCUUGUUGUUGUUGUUGUUCUUCUUCUUCUUCUUCUUCACCGAUACAAUCAUUUUGCCUGCUCCAACUCCAAGCCCUCGCUCGUUACCAUACCCGAGAGACGAAUGCAUAUGAAGAAGAAUUAGCCGAAGAAAGAAAGAAGAAGGAAAUGUUGCAGCAGCAGGAGUCUUCGUUCUUUCUCUGUCUCUCAACCCCACCCGGCUUUUUCUAAAUGGUAUGGGUGUUCUGAUAUCCAGAGAACAUCAUGGUGCAGUGCAUAGACGGAGUGAAGCAUAUACUUUCUGUAAUUUUGAAUUGCUGUCAGUCUGAUGCAUACAAGCAGCCGACAGGAUUUAAAAAUCCGGAAGCUCUCGCAAGGGUGACAGUGUUUAGUGUGAGCGAAAUUGAAGCACUGUAUGAGUUAUUUAAGAAAAUCAGUAAUGCUGUUACCAAUGAUGGGCUUAUCAACAAGGAGGAGUUUCAACUGGCAAUAGUUAAGACAGACAAAAAGGAGAGCUUGUUUGCAAAUCGGGUCUUCAACUUAUUCGAUACAAAGAACAAUGGAAAUCUAGACUUUGAAGAGUUUGCACGAGCUCUUUCUGUAUUUCACCCGAAUGCAACAAUCGAGGAUAAGAUUGACUUUUCAUUUCGACUUUAUGACCUGAAGCAGCAAGGUUUCAUAGAGAGAGAGCAGGUAAAGCAAAUGGUUGUGGCUACACUGGCUGAAUCUGGCAUGGUCCUUUCAGAGAAUGUCAUAGAUAGUAUUAUAGAUAAGACAUUUGAGGAAGCUGAUACUAAACAUGAUGGCAAGAUAGACAAAGAAGAAUGGUGGAGCCUGGUUCAGAAACAUCCUUCUAUUUUGAAGAACAUGACUCUUCACUACCUCAAAGACAUCACCACUGCAUUCCCAAGUUUUGUGUUUAACUCUCAAGUGAAAGACUGAGUUUUGGAACUGCGUGAAGUAUUAUGCUCCAGUUACAGGUGGGCUUGACUUGUUCCUUCUGUAGCUAUUGUGCUCAUUUUGUGAAGGAUCAGUAGGAAAGCCGUCCAGUUAGAUGCUGCAUAGAGGGAUACCGACCUCAUCUUUUUGUCCUUGGAAAUAGAACCAUCUUGGAGUAUGUGAAGUUUAUAGUGUGGAUAUCAUAUCUGUUUCUGUUGUUUGUUACUGCAGUUAGUUGGGAAAGAUAAAAACGAAAGAAUGAAUAGGUUUUUGUUGUUGAUUCUUGUUAUAUGUUGUUGUCUCUGUGCAUGCAAACAAAGUUGGUUUAUCCAACGUUCUAUGUGGAAGUGGUUAUGUUCCAAACGUAUAUAGAAGCCCCCGCUCUGGCUCUGGUUUGUGAAUUGUUGCUUAAAUUCUCAAGUUCUAAACAGUGAAAGGGCUGGAGCAGGCAUAAACUGAAGCAGUUUGCUCCCUGCUUUUUGGACAUUCUUAUAAGAAGCACUAAUCUUAUUAUGAUGUGAAACCGCAGUUUGAGAAGAGUUUAUUCCAUUUUAGCCCUACCUCUGCUGCUCAUUGAAUGUUCAUAUUAGUUAGUUCCUCAAGCGGGCAUUGGGAUAAAUUAUGACGGGUCUUGCGACUAUGAUGCAAUCAUUUUGGAGGAUGUACUUUGGAGAAUCCGCAUCGACUAUUUCAUCUUAUCCUCUGGCUGGCUGGCUGGCUGGCUGGCAGGCAUAUGCAUACAUUUUCGUUCCAUGGAUAGACACGAAGUUGAUUGAGCUCCUCAAAAAAGUAAUUAGGUUUAAGACUGAUACAGUGGGAAUGAAGAAGUUCCAGUGGCAGAUGUUACUGCCUCUGCUGCCUUGGGCUUUGUUUUGCAAAACCCUCUCUGGUAUGUUAUGGGCCCUCCACACACACACACACACGCGUAUAUAUAUAUUUGCAUCCUUGUUCCAGCAGUAAAUAAGUCCUAUAUAUAACAUAUGGUUGUUUAAGGCGAAAAUGCAUGUUAAACACUGCUUCAAAUGUUAAUAUAAACAACUACCAUUUUAUUGAUUGAAGCUACAUGAUGGAGAGUGGGGGGUUGGUGGGUAUUCUAGGAACACCUACUAUGAGUAACAAUUAAACCGAAGCAAAAAAAAAAAAAAAGCUUUUAAACCUAAGCGCCAAAGCCAA